UGCAAAGAUAGUAUAACUAUUAGUAUCUUCAUUGAUACUAGUGUACCAUUUCAGAAGUGAAAUUGUUUAGGGGGCGAAGCCCGCACCCCCCCCCCCCCCCCCCACAAAACAAACACAUGUGCAAAUGCGGUUGAAAACAUAAUAAUUCUAGAAGAUUUUAGUUUUAUUCAAAUUAUGCCCCCCUGAUGCUUGAGGAGAAGCGAAGCGAAAAAUUGCUGUAUUCAAUGACACGAAUACAACAUAUAUAGUUGAAAAAUAUAUAUUAUAGAAAGGGAGAAAUUUCUCUUUACUUAGGAUACGGUGUGGAACAACGGAUAUAGCACUGCAUUUAAUGUAGCGCUUGGUUAAAGCAACAAAGGUGUAAGGCGUGUAACAAAGCCCUGUUCGGUAUGGCGGCGUUUAUAUUAAGUGAGAGAAUUUUAGCGAGGUCUUUCGUUGCGAUGACAUUCUUGCUUAUCGGUGCUAUGUUAUUAUAUGUUGCUCAAGAAAGUGCCGAGACUUUGAAACCAAUUGCAAUCAUUGUUCUUGACCCGAACUUCAAAGAGAGUCCGUUCGCAAGCACUGGUAAUGUUAUCAGCACAAAAUCUAAGGAGUCGCAAACCACGUCUGCCGAAUCACAACCGCAAAGACAAAAUUCCAAUGUCCCUCCAGGCCAUGGCAAAUCCACGGUUCUAAAUUCAGGAAAUAUACGUCGUUUAAACGGUACGAAUGCCUCUACAGCCAAGAACAACGCACAAAUUGACAUGAAUGCGAAGAAUUCUACUGCCGCCAUUGUGAAAUAUGCAAAACCUUUACAGAGUAACUCACAACAGAGUAAUUCACACAUGAUACAGCCCACAAAUAGACAAAACGUUUCCCAAGCCCAAAACAAAUCUGCGACUCAACUACCACUUUGUAAAAAGCCAAACGAGGAUCUUGGUAAGUGAUUGUAUGUAAAAUAUAUCAAAUUUGGUCGGUCUACUCUAUUGUAUUGUAAAUAAAUAGUCAAACUUUGGCGCGUCCAAGCCAGUGAAUUAGUAUGGUCUUCGGCCCAAGUUUUGCUCUCCCCAGGCCGAAAUCUAAUUCGCUUUCCUUGACAGUUCGCUUAACAAGUUUUGCUACUCGUGUGCACAGAAUGUUGUUUGACAUAAUUAUCUCACGUCAAGGAGUUUCACUUUCAGGACCGCGUUUUGUUCAUAGCUUCCAAAACCACAGCAAAGGUUUUCCUUGAGACUUGACGGCCGUACACGAAUAUAAAUUUUAUAUAUAAAAUCUCUGGAACAAAGCUCCACUGAAAAAAUUUUAACGGCACCAUAUAAAAAACUUGUCAAGCGGUUGUCAAGCGGGAAAAGUUGUUGUCUUAUUAAUGAAUAAUGGACAUUUGCAUUAUAGACUAAAUUUUGAUCUGGACAAAAAUUUCAUCACAGCUUGAAAGAGCAUCACAAAAUUAGUAAUAUUCCAAAGUUUCGUUUCGGCGAAAUGUUGUAAAAUGCGGAUAAUAUAGCCUUGCGAAGUUUGCAAUUUUCAGUCAUUUUGUAUUACAAACGGGAAAUUGAUGCCCCAACACCCGAUUGCAUGGGCUGUCAAUUUCCCGUGCGUAAUACAAAAUGACUGAAAAACGGCAAACUUCGCACGGCUAUAUUAUCCGCAUUUUACAACAUUUCGCAACGAAACUUUGGAAUAUUACUAAUUUUGUGAUGCUCUAUCAAGCUGUGAUGAAAUUUUUGUCUAGAAUCUAGAUCAAAAUUUAGUCUAUAAUGCAAAUGGUCCAUUGCCCUUGGGUUGAAGUUACAAUACUGUUGUGACAGGGUUGGUAAGUUAGAUGAAUAAUUAGGCCAAACCGUCAUUAGUGCCGUUUAGAAAACAAAGAAAACAAAAGGCCAAGGCAAAGAAAAGAAAGACCUAGUGUGACGGUGUCCCUGUGUUGCGAUUCAUUUACAAUACAAAUAGUAUUGAGAAUUGUUCAACUGAUUGUCGAUACAAAUUCUUCUAUACAUUAUUUUUAUACUAAAAUUUAAGUUAACGUAUAUUUAAAUUGGGCAGUCGUGUCAAAAUUAACAGCUGCUCGUUUUAAUUGAGGGAAAUGGGUUCACGUGAUCAGUUGUCAGAGUGCCAAAUUUCCGUAGCGGCGCGAAAAAGCACCUAUCUGAUACGGAAUGUACAAGUUUCAGAAGCUGAGCGAAACAACAUCUCCCGGUUGCAAUAAUUCCUCUGAAAAUAGCGUUCCUAAAAGGUACGAAUAGGUUCAUUUUCACGUAGCUACGGAAAGUUAUCCGGUGGCAGUGUAAACGUAGAACGUAGCCUAUAUUAAAAGCCCUGGGCAAACUAGGAAACAUUGUUUCCUGCUAAUGUUUCGCCAUGUUUCCCAGAGUGGGCAAACGCUAGGAACAUCAGCUUCUCUGUUUCGGAAUCUUUCCACACUCGCUCGCUUUGGCUUUUUGUUAUUGCUUCAGUUCGUCUGCAAAAACUGCUGUGGCCUCCGUACUUUCAGCCAUUUUUUGUGGUGUUUGUUUUUGCGCAUGUUCUUAUCUGGAAAAAAAUGUUUUCGCGCUGGAAACAUAUUCAGGGUUUCUGCGCUUGCGACUCUCACAGAAGCCCUGGGUACGAGGUUGAUUUUUUUGUCCAGAAUCCCGCGAAGGUGCGAGUCCCUUCGUAUCCUGGGGGCGGUUGUAUAAAAAAGUGAUUAAAGUUAACUGUAUAGUUAGUGGAUCACUAUUUAAGUACAAAAUAGUGAUUAAAAAAGUGAUUAAGAGUUUUAUACAAUCGGCCCUUGGCCUUGCUUUUCGCCGCUAACCGCUCGCUAUUCGAGAUCGACUUGUGAGUUGUGGGCAAGUCUACUGCUCAGAUCGAACGAACAGAUCUUGUUAUCUGUAAAUGACUAUGAAACAGAGCCAACUCAUUUAUAUAAGUAACAUAACAGCACUAGAAACUUUAUCAAUUCCAUAAACUUUUGUCUGAUAAAUAUUGGCCCUGGUAUAAGCCAAUAGGCAAUAGGAAGACCAAAUUUUUUUUAUUGAGCUGAAACUAAAAGUAUCAAGAAGUGAGGCAUUAUUUACCGCAUAUAACCCCAAUAAACAAUUUACAAUAUAUUUGUUUAUGAAGAAAUUACCUUGCUUAUGAAGAAAUUACCUUGCUUAUGAAGAAAUUACCUAGAAUUAGUUUGGCUUUUCAUCGACAUCGGUAUUAAAUAUCUCAUUAUACAUUCUCAAUUAUGUAAACAAUUUUAAUUUAACAGCAGGAAACUGUAAUAGCGUACUACGCCAUAAAAGUUUGGCGUCUUUCACUAGCUCGCUAGCACAAGCUUUAAAAUGAGGCGUUGUACAGCCAAUUCUAGUCAUUCUCAAGAUCAAUAUUGGAUUUUAAUACUGGACAACGCUUUUAUGUGGCUUCCCUCGAAGAAUCACUUUAUAUAAUUGUUCAAUUUCACUUAAAACUACUUCCAUCGAAACAACUAUCAAUGUCGCUUUCAAAAUUGAGCGUGUUCCAACGUCUGCUCGCUUUGUUGUCGAUUAUAUCAAUUGGAAGCAUUCUGAUACGGUUUUCAGAAGAGGACAUUCCGACUUACCAUCAUAUUGGGGUCUUGGAGUACAGCGUAAGGCCUACGAUGGGUAAUUCGAUAAACACGAGCUACGAAUCGAAACUAACUCGGAUAGCAACUACUAGAAUUCCCCUCAGAAAAAUUCCGCGCUUUCGGCCAAAGACAAAGUGUCGAACGCCUCAUGGCAAAAUGCUAAGUACGUAUUGUGACAUUUGUAUGGUUAACACAAUGUACGGGUAUAAUUCAUUGUAUCGUUUCAUUGAAUAUAGCAAAAUAUGCCCAGAGCCGAGGUAUAUAUAUAGAUAAUAUCUAUUGCGACUUAAGUCGUACGGAAUAUCUCAAGUGGUUCAAAUUACGAGUGUAAAUUUGCGAAAAGGUUAGGUCUAUAAUCAAUGGCAAUGUAUAAAAUUUACACUCGAAGUUCUAUCGAGUGAAUCAGUUCCGAUAACACAGCAUACAAAAGUACAAACAAUACUGUUAAUUUCAUAAUACAUGUACUGUAGAUACACUACUCACUAAGCUUCACUAUAUAGACCCAGACACCUUGUCCUUCAAAUCUUCAACAGAUACAACUUGGCUGAAUCCAAAAAUUAAGUAUUAGCAAAAGUUAAACUGAUGUUGAAUUUAUAUAUAUAAAAACGAGAACGAUGGAUGCGCUAUUCCCUAGUUAAUGGCUAUUCAACACUACGCUCUACAGUCGCGCGUGUUUGCCUGUUCAAAAAUAUUUUGAAUAAAUAAAUAACAGUCAACAUGUCACGAUAUAUUAAUUUCACAUGUCAUUUGUAUUUGUAAAACGUCUGUUCGGAUCAAAUUACUUUGCGCUGAAUGAAAUUAUGUCGAAAGAGACUAACAGUUUUAGUACAAUUAUACGAGUUUCGACAUCGAAUUUUUGUCGAAUACGAGCAAUUCAUUAAUAUUUUAGCGAUUCCCCAGCAAGCUUUCGCGCUCAUAUUCGACUUUUCCGCUUUGCUCGGGGACAAACUUAUUAAUUGAAAUAGCUGUAUAUCGCAUUUUAUACAACUGCCUUUGGUGGCGUGAUUACAUAGAACCUAUUAACACUGUUAACACAUUGGCCAACUGUUAACAGUUAAGUUAUUUAAAACCGAUUAAAAUGUUCGUGUUUGCUCAGUGAAACACUAUCAUGUAUUCUAUUUAAGUUAAAACAUAGUUGGAAUAUCAUCUCCUCGCAUCUUAAGAGCUCUAGUUAUUGGUUUACAAAAGUUAAGCAGUUCUGUUAGUCUUACAAGGCUUGUCUUUUGUUAUAGUUGGUCGUCUCCAAGUUAACCAAUCUGUUCCAGAUAUGGAAGAUAUUGCAAGUUCUUGGAAUGAAAGAAACUGGGUUCUUAACGGUGGUGCUUGGAGACCAAUUACAUGUCAAGCUGUCAGUAAGGUAUGUAUGGUGGUGAUGACGAUGCUAGUUACGGUGGUGAUGGUGAUGAUGAUGGUAGUGAUGAUGGUGGUGGUGGUGGUGGUGAUGAUAGUUAUGGCGAUGAUGGUGAUGGUAGUGAUGAUGAUGAUGAUGAUCAUGAUGAUCAUGAUGAUAGUUAUGGUGAUGAUGAUGGUAGUGAUGAUGGUGAUGAUAGUUAUGGUGAUGAUGAUGGUGAUGAUGAUGAUGGUAGUGAUGAUGGUGAUGAUGGUAGUGAUGAUGAUGAUAGUUAUGGUGAUGAUGAUGGUAGUGAUGUUGGUGGUGAUGGUAGUGAUGAUGAAUUGUGACGAUGGUAGUGGUGGUGAUGAUGAUAGUUAUGGUGAUGAUGAUGGUGAUGAUGAUGAUGGUAGUGAUGAUGGUGAUGAUGGUGAUGAUGGUAGUGAUGAUGAUGAUAGUUAUGGUGAUGAUGAUGGUAGUGAUGUUGGUGGUGAUGGUAGUGAUGAUGAAUUGUGACGAUGGUAGUGGUGGUGAUGAUGAUAGUUAUGGUGAUGAUGAUGGUGAUGAUGAUGAUGGUAGUGAUGAUGGUGAUGAUGGUGAUGAUGGUAGUGAUGAUGAUGAUAGUUAUGGUGAUGAUGAUGGUAGUGAUGUUGGUGGUGAUGGUAGUGAUGAUGAAUUGUGACGAUGGUAGUGGUGGUGAUGAUGAUAGUUAUGGUGAUGAUGAUGGUGAUGAUGAUGAUGGUAGUGAUGAUGGUGAUGAUGGUGAUGAUGGUAGUGAUGAUGAUGAUAGUUAUGGUGAUGAUGAUGGUAGUGAUGUUGGUGGUGAUGGUAGUGAUGAUGAAUUGUGACGAUGGUAGUGGUGGUGAUGAUGAUAGUUAUGGUGAUGAUGAUGGUGAUGAUGAUGAUGGUAGUGAUGAUGGUGAUGAUGGUGAUGAUGGUAGUGAUGAUGAUGAUAGUUAUGGUGAUGAUGAUGGUAGUGAUGUUGGUGGUGAUGGUAGUGAUGAUGAAUUGUGACGAUGGUAGUGGUGGUGAUGAUGAUAGUUAUGGUGAUGAUGAUGGUGAUGAUGAUGAUGGUAGUGAUGAUGGUGAUGAUGGUGAUGAUGGUAGUGAUGAUGAUGAUAGUUAUGGUGAUGAUGAUGGUAGUGAUGUUGGUGGUGAUGGUAGUGAUGAUGAAUUGUGACGAUGGUAGUGGUGGUGAUGAUGGUAGUUAUGGUGGUGAUGAUGGUGGUGAUUGUAGUGAUGAUGGUAGUUAUGGUGAUGGUGAUAGUGAUGGUGGUAGUGAUGAUGGUAGUGAUGGUUAUGGUGAUAGUGAUGGUGGUAGUGAUGAUGAUAGUGAUGGUGAUGAUGGUGGUGAUGGUAAUGGUGAUGAUGGUAUUUAUGGUCAUAGUGAUGAUGAUAGUGAUGGUGGUAGUGAUGAUGGUAGUGAUGGUGAUGAUGGUAGUGAUGGUGAAUGAUGAUGAUAGUGAUGGUGGUAGUGAUGAUUGUAUUGAUGGUGAUGAUGGUGAUGGUUAUGAUGAUGGUGGUGGUGGUGAUGGUAGUGAUGAUAGUAAUGGUGCCAAUGAUGGUGAUGAUAAUCAUGGUGAUAAUGAUAUUAUUUCUAGGUGGCCAUUAUUAUUCCCUAUCGCGACCGUUAUCCACAUCUUAAGAUCUUUCUUCGUCACAUGCAUCCCAUUUUAAAACGUCAACUGUUGGACUACAGGAUUAUCGUUGUUGAACAGGUACGACCAAUAUUAAGAUAUAGUUUACAACCUCUUUAUGACCGAAUUAUAAAUAUGCCUUAAACCCCGUUUACACCUGCAAAUUUUAUUGACAAGUUUCAUAUGUCAAAUAUAUUUUGCUUGUGUAGAUGAUAAAUUUGUGACAAGUUCAUUGUGACAAAUGCAUUUGAUCAAAAGCUGACAUGCUAGCUUUUGAUCAAAUGCAUUUGUCACAAUGAAAUUUGUCAAAUAAAAUUUGCUCGUGUAAACAGGGCUUUAUGGUUCCUUUGCAUUCCACAAAUUAGGUCCGAUGAAUUAGUUAGGUGCAGUAGAAUUUGGAGGAGUGGCUGUCGCAUUUUGCGACGUUGGAGCGAUAUUGAUUUAUUGGCCGCUCCACUCAUAGCCAAACCUAGUUCAUAUUUUUAUUUUUAGAAUGGCGAUACACCUUUCAACAGAGCUAUGUUGUUUAAUAUUGGAUACAAGGAAGCGCUCCGGUUUCACGAUUUUCAGUGUUUUGUUUUCCAUGACGUUGAUCUGCUACCGGAAGACGACAGGAAUUAUUAUGGCUGUCCUUUGAAGCCGAGGCAUUUGUCUGUGGCUGUAGAUAAAUUUCAAUACAGGUACGUU